GUUGCCAUGCUGUGGGCGGAGCUCAGUAAAUCUGUGCCAUCGUGAGAUUGGAAGUGGGCGUUAUUCCGGUGUGGGAAUCGCUUCCGGUGCGAGAGGAGGGAGGCAGCCGGUGCACAAUGGCUGCUCCAGUAGUGGAGAUAUUGGGCUCGGACGAAGAGGAGGAGCUGCGGGCCAAGGCUCGGGGGAGGCCCAGACUGGCGGAUACAGACCGAGUGCGGCGGAGGUUGGAGUCGCGGAAGAAGAAACCCUGCGACUCGCUCCAGACUGGAAAACUGCCCAAAAACAGGAGGAGACGCUGUGUGAACAGUCUGCUGAGCCUCGCCACCUGGUACCAUGCCCACAGGACCCACUGCCCCCAUGAGCCUGCCCUGUCUGAGCUGGACACUAGUCACGUUGUGUAUACCACCGCUGUGUGGCAGUGCCAGGAAGGCCACCGAUACUUCCAGGACCUGCGCUGCCCCCUCAAGGCAAUGAACCAGAGAGGGUGCGAUGACGGUGCCAGUUCUGAUGAUUCCUCAUCAAGCUCAGCCCCUGUGGAGCAAUCACCUGAGGUCUAUCAUUUGGCACAUCCAGUGCACAGCAGCUUUCCCCACCUCUCUGAGAGUGUCGUUGAAUCUGGGGCGCAGACUUCUGAGAGCUCAGAAACUGUAGUGUGUGUCCCCAUAGGAUCAGAAGAAGGUGGGCUGUUUGGGGGGGUGUCUCAGGAGGAUCUGGGACACGUUGUGGCUGCUAGUUGCCCCUCUCAGGUGAUCAUUAUUGCUGGUCCUGGCUACGAGGCACUGACAGCUGAAGGGAUCCAGCUUAAUGUGGCAGAUGGAGAUAGUGAAGAGCAUGAGACGUGCACAGCAAUGGAGGCCGUGACUACAUACACACGAACUCACCCUCAGAACACUAGCCGCUUAGUCACAGUGGAGGAGGAAGAUGAGGAAGAGGAAGAAUUCUGUUCACAGCAGGUAGUGACAGCAGGCCAUGCAGCAGAGAUCUACCACCAUAUCGCCUAUGAUGAGUCUCUACAUGAACAGGAUGAUGAUGAUGAGGAUGAUGACGACGAUGAUGAUCCAGAGUUUGUAGAAGACCCCGACUACACAUCGGAUUAUACUCCGGAACCUCAAAAGGAACCUGCGAAGAAGAGACGUCGCCCUGACCGGGUGAGAAAUGAAGAUGGUGUCAUUGAGAUGUACCACUGUCAGUAUGAGGGCUGUUCGCAGGUUUACAGGGCUCUCAGCAGUUUCCAGAACCAUGUCAAUCUGGUUCACAAAAAGGGCAGAACGAAAGUGUGUACUGAACCGGGCUGUGGGAAGAGCUUCUACCUGACCAAUCAUCUGCGCCGGCACAUGCUCAUCCACACAGGGGAACGGGAUUUUAUCUGUGAAACGUGCGGGAAAUCGUUCAAAAGGAAAAGUCACCUGCAGGUCCACAAAAGAACCCACACCGGGGAGACCCCAUUGCAGUGUGAAGUGUGCGGCUACCAGUGCAGGCAACGGGCCUCCCUUAACUGGCACAGGAGGAAGCACCGGGAAGAGAUCAGUUACAGCUUCUCCUGCGAGUACUGCGGCAAACGCUUUGAGAAGAAGGAGAGCGUGAAGUUUCAUAAGCUGAAGAGUCACCCCGAGGAGAAGGCAACCGAGGCGACAGCUGGGGGCGCUCACACCUUGCCGUCCUGAGCAUUUGGCUUCCAUUGGAUGCAGACUGUGUAUAACCCAUCAGUAUGGGACACGACGAGCCCAGCGGCCACCCCUGAUGUGUGAAUGAAGGAGCGCUGAUUGGACAUGGCGUAGUUGUAGUACUACCAGAAGGGGCGUUACAGGCUCCCCACACAUCACCCCCUAGAUUGCUUACCCACUUAGUGUUAGCCGAGGGGCGUGAGGCAUCUAAACAGAUCUCCGCUGCCCUGCACUAGAGGAUGUGUAUGAAUUCCACCCUGGCCUACUUGAAGUGCCUGUUCCCUCCCCCCAUUUCUGCUUUUGGUAAACUACCCUGUAUUUAUUAUUUCUACUGAUGUUCAGUAUUAGUUCAUUAAAAAUAAUAUUCCCAACAGCAGGAGUUUUUCUAAAGAGCCUGAAAGAGCUCAGCUCAGCGCCAGAUUAAUACCCGGGACCUGCCCCCCUCCUGAUUGCAGUAAAGGAGUACCUCCCUGCCCCCAUCAUCUCUGCCACUGGAUCGUAAAGCAAGUGUCCAACAGGGGCAUCGUUUCCUCUGUUAUAUAGCACACCACACACCCUUGCAAAUGGGCCCUUCAACGCCUGUAUAGAAAAUGUGGCCCUGGAACCCUCUGUAUGGCACGGUUUGCUCUGUGCAUUGAAACGGACUAGGAUUUAGUUCCCAUCUACUCCUCUGCUUUUUAUUGGCUGAUUAAAAGUGGCUAAACAUG